AUGCCAGCAGUUUUCAUCUUGCUGCGGUCCCUGGUUAUCAGGCUCCUCAGUAGUAGACUGGCAGGCUCAGUGGCACAGUUCAUCAGGAGAAGCCUCUCUACAGGCUUUGCCCACCUUGGCACGGCGUUGCGCCACAUCUGGGACCGCAUUCAUCCCAGGAGUCCAAGGAAGCUGUCCUGGGCUGUGUGCUGUAGCCCCGUGAAGCCCAACCAGGAGGACAUGGCAGCUGAGGACCAUCUGAACCAGAACGUCGCCUCUCCCUCCUCCGUCUCCAGGUCCAUCAAGAAGAUCACAAUCUCCGGGAGUAGAAACAUAUCAGAGAACAAGGUGUUAGUGGGACCAGCACAGCUUUCAAUCACAGGGUCCACAUCUGAAAACAACAAUAACAACAACAACGUCACCAGCACAUCAGAUCCACAUCUGCCCAGGAUUGUGGGUGUGAGCUGUGAGAAUAAGCCCAGUUCUCACUUCAAGGUUUUUAUCAAAGAAGAAAGAGCCUCAGAAGAAGAAAGUCAUCUGGAGGAUGAAGCGUCGGCAGCUGUUACGUCCCAGAGCGACUGCUUCACUCAGCGCAACUCGCUCUUCAACAAGGAAGUACUGCAGGCAGAGGCGUGGAUCAAAGGCAAGCUGCAGGACCUGAAGGAUGGAUGUAAUAUUCAGCGCUGCCCCCUGCAGGACUGGGAGGAAGCCUCGCAGACGCUCCAGAGAGACCUCAGAGACUUUGAGAACACCUUAAUUCAACUCAACCAGAUGGGCGAGCAGCUGAUCUGCAGGCUAAACCCCACUUCUGACCUGGUGAAGAAGCAGCUCAGCCAGCUCAGGGACAUGUGGCAGACCCUGAAACAGACGGCCGCAAAUCAGACAAGGGCCCUGGGUGGAGCCAAGAACCUGCAGGAGUUCAACAAGAAAGUGGACAAGCUGGAGGCAUGGAUUAAAGAUAAGGAAGAGGAGCAGUCUCUGGUGAAUGUCCUGGGGGAACAUGUUGACAAAAUGCAGCUGACCAGGAGAAUUUUAGAUCUAAAACAGGACGAGCAGCUAUACAGAAACCUCCACGAGGAGAUCAACCACUUGGCCCUAAAACUGGAGAAACAAGGGAAGACAGAUGGCAAAAACAUCUCCAGCAAGAGGAAACACAUCAAUAAAAUGUGGCUGAAGGUCCAGUCUCAUCUGAAAAACUACCAUGAAAAUCUUCAGCUGGCACUGGAGGUGUCCUCGUUCUACCAACAGGCUGAUAAUACGUUGUUUGCUAUUGAUAACAUGAGGAAAAGCAUGUCUGCAUCCAAAGAGCUGGACAGCUUCGGUGAUAGAGAAAUACGCGACAUCGCCGGUCAAAUCAUGAUGCUAGAUGUGAGCGUGUCCCAGGUGUCCAAUCUCCAUCCUGCCCUGGCUGCCGGCGUCACGCAGAAGCAGAGCGAGGUGAAGGACUGCUGGGCGCUUCUUCAGAAGCUUCUCAGGAGUGACAGGACCACACUCUCUCCCACUGGCUCCGCUUUCACCAGGGAAGAUGCUGACCCCCUGACACCAGCCCGGGAACCCCAGUGCAACGUGGGAACGGAGACGCAAAGGAUUAUGGGAAAGGAGGUGAAGGAGGAGCAGAAUCGGCUGAAAGGCUUCGUGAGUACUGUUGAAUGUGGGAUCGGUAGGAGAACACCGAGCAGCCAAAGCCAGGAGCAGCCAUCAGUGAACCGCACCUCGUCACCCACGGGAGGCGGCCCUGCCUCUGCAGAUGAUGUCAUCGUCAGACAUCAAUUGAAGGGGGACAGGAAGCCCAGAGCAGAGCCCAAGCUUGCCACCGCCCCGCGAGGCCACCCACAGCUACACAUGCAGCUCCAGAAGUUCACCGUGUCUGCUGACAAGACUUUGUCCUGGCUAAAAGACAAUGUGUCCAUGGCCACGCAGGUGUGUUCAAUAGCCAACUUUGAGGGGCUGGAGGCAGCCAGGAGGUGUCAACACGCUCUGCAACAAGAAAUCCUCACCAACAGGGCCAGGAUAGAGGUUGUCAAACGGGAGGGCCGCGGGCUGGUCCGUGCACAGCACCCAGGCAGAGCCAAGAUAGAGGAGUUCCUGGGCCAGCUGGAAGUCCUGUGGGAAGAGCUGCGGAGGAGGCACCAGAGGAACGCCGUGUUUCUGCAGGCCUCAGAGGAGCUGGGCUUCAGGGUUGUUAAAGUGCUCCAGGCACUGGGCAGUCUGGAGGCCUGGCUGGAGUCCGUGGAGCUUUCCAUGAAGGAAUCCGCUCUCGCCGGUGACCCUGAGAUGAUGAGCAUGGCUGAGAGGGAGAGCUGUCUGCUGGAGAAAGAGGUGGCAGCUCGCAGGCUGGAGCUCAGCGCUCUGAGACAGGAGGUGGACCGCCUCCACAGCCCCAGUCACCCACGCACACGAGGCCUGCCAGCACGCAUGGAGGAGGUGGAAAGAAAGUACCAUCGUGUCCAAAGUGCCCUAACCCAGCAGAACUCUGAGCUGCAGGACACACGAAUGCUGACGGAGUUCCUGGAGCGCGUGGAGCUGGAGGAGAGCCAGGAGCUCAGCGGGAGUCGGUACAGCCUGGGCCAGCCUCUUCACAGUGAGAUUUCCUCAGCUCCUACAUUGCUGGGACUCCAAAGCAGUGGCGGUGGUGAGCCCCUGAUAGAAAGCAUGGGGGACCCUGUGGAGGAACUACGAGAGGCCGUAGAGAUGCUGAAUGAUACUGUGAGGGAAAGAGGUCGAUCGCAGAGCCACGACCAGGCCAUCCAGGAGCUGCUGAGCAAGCACGCCAGCCUGGCGGUGCACGUGGAGGAGUGCUUGUGCUGCAGCAAGGAGCUGAGCCUGGACAUCCUGGAGAAGGAGACAGACAUGGCCGUCCAGUGUGAGCCAGACCGCUGCGGCCUAGAGGCUCUGCAGGAGAAGCAGGACCACCUGGAGAUUGACUAUGAAGUCAUCAGGGAGGAGGUAAAGGAGAUGGAGAACCAGACUUCUUGCUUGGAGGAGCUGUGCCCGGAGAGAGUGCACAUGCUCGGGGCAAAGAUCCAGGCCAUGCUGCAGGGCUGGACGGAGCUGGGGAGGAGUGUGACGGAGAACAAGUCCCGUCUGCAAGAGUUUGUGCAGCUCCAGGACUUCUUCAGGAGCUACCUCGCCAUGAUCUCAUGGACAGAAGACACCAGAUCGUGCAUUUUCUCAGAUACCGCCUUGCAUCUUGGGAAAGAUGGCCAGAAGCCACUCGCUACUGAACUGGACAUGCAGAUUGAGCAAAGGUUUGAGGAGUUUGAUGAGCUGGCAGACACGGGGAGGAACCUUUUACGCAAAGACCACCACCUCACGCAGAUGGUAAGAGAGCGCAUGGAGGAACUGAGGAGUAUGCUUGGGUGGAUCUCAGUGCACUGGAGGGCUCAGAAACAACAGUGGCUUCACAAGACGAGCAGACAGGAGCCUUCACAGGAUAACAUUUAUUCUGAGGCCACGAUGUGCUCUCCAUCGUCAGAGAGUUCCCCUCCUGAGCUAGAGGCCUACCAGUCCCAUAUGUCCCCAGUCAUCGCUUUUGAUGAAGACAAAUUAUGGGCGGCAGGAGACAGCCAGCCCUCCUCCCUGCCGCCGAGACAAGCUGAGCAGCAGGAGGAGAAGCACUUGGAGGAUGGGUAUGAGGUCAUGAACAGUAUCGGACCACGGGGCGGUGAGGCCACCUCCUCAGAGUCUCCCAAACCCUCCAUCGUGGUCCUCAAAGAGACCAGCAGCCCCGCAUUAGGGGGCACGGUCAACCUCAUCCUUAGCUUUGGUAACACAGGGGACAGCCAAGUUCAGGUGGUUGACCCUCCUGCUAGGUCGGACGAGUUAGUGGAGGAGACCUCUGAGCCGGUCCACAGGGUAAGUACCUACUUGCAUGUCAAGGAUAGCAACUUGGCUGUGGCCCCUGUGUAUGAGAGUAUCACCCUGCCGCGCCAAAAGAGCCGCUCUGCAGCCUCAGCCUCCCCUACUUUCUCGCCAUCCUCCCCCACCUCGCCGUCUUCCUCGGCGCCUGCACCUCCAACGGCCAACAUAACCUUCCACCCUUUGGCGGGCAGCGGCGGCGCCUCCAUCUUCAGCAGCCUUAAGAGAAUGGGCAAGAAGAGAAAGAGGAAGAGAGACGCUCGCAGACACACUAUCCAGAAAAUCAUGGGAGUGGAGGAGCAAACAGAAGGGAUGCCCUAUUAUGACAGUGAGACAAUCACGUACGACACGCACACAUGGCCGCUGAAGGAAGGCAGGAGGAAGAAGAGUUCACCAAAGGGUGGGGAUGGAGUAGAAGCUAUGGCCUACAUGAAGAAUCCCCUGCUGAAAGACAUUGAUACAGAAUGUUACGGAGAAUACAGUACUAUUCCAUAUGCCGUUUCAGAGGAGCCGACCACAAAUCAUGCGAGAAGCCACUGCAGAUUCCUCUCUUUGGGCUCCGUGCUGAGCUUCGACCUACCUAAGGACAUGACCCUCAUCCCCAGCAUUCAGGAUAUCAUUACCAUCGCCCCUCCAGAGUCCAAAAAAGGAGCAGGUGCCGAUCCCGACCCUCACUCCCAGAGACACACGGCCCUGAGCUCUUUCAAACAGACUCGACCGACUCCUGCCGCCACACGCAGUUCAGCAGACAUCAGUCUUACUGAAACACAGACCUUUGUAGUGAAAGAUCCGCCUGAUGUAGGGAACCAACCACCACUUCUUUUUUCCUCGGAAGGAAAUGAGGAUCAGACCGUACCAUGUAACGACCUGCCUAAAAAACAGCUCAGUCUGCACGAGGAUGUGGAGCAGGAGUGGGACAAAAUGUCGUCAGAGGUUAAAACUGGUACGGCUGAAAGGCAUCGGACAAGCAAGCCUCCCCAGCUGCCUAUUUAUGUGAACCAGGCCCAAAACACUGCUGCACAUAAACACGAAUGCCCGAGUGUCCACACGCUCAUCCGAGACCUAAAUGCACACCAUUACCAUAAAUGUGGCAGAUCCCAUGGUGUGCGUGAAGAGAGUCCGGGACUUCAGUGUCAAGCUUCUCAUAUGGUCGUGAAUCUGAAGUCGACGGUGAGCGUGAGCGUUCGUCAGGACUCGGUGGACUCUGGAAUCUCCACCUCCAGCAGUGUCAAGCUCUGCACUGAUGCCCCGUGUCCAGAUAACCCGCAGCCCAAGGGCGUGGUGGGGAGGCUCAUAUCCCUUGAGGUGGGAGGGAUAGACUGCGCUAAAACGAAGGCGAACAAGGUAACAUCAUCAUGUCCAUCGACAGACUCAGCAGAGCCAGAAACGGAGCCCGUCCACCUCGACCACCAGCAGUUUGAGGAGGAAGAGGAAGAGCUGGAGGACAUCUGGAACCAGACUACAAACUACAGACAGAGCAUCUGCUCAGACAUUAUGUACCAGCCCAGCCAGGAAGAGCCUGAACCCUCGGACCAAUCCAUAGAGCCCCUUUCCCCCUCACCGUCGCCCAAGACCCCGGCUGUUCUCUACAGGAACCUGGUCACAGCCUCAGCACCCAACCUCCUCGUGGCCGAGUUUAAACUGCCCCUCUACCUUCAGAGCUUGCUAGGCUAUGACAAGGAACAGGGUCCCAAAGGUCACCUCCCUCCACUAUCCACAGGAGACAGGAAGUCCUGGGCGGCAUUUCCCAACAGGGAACCAGCCGGCAAGACCUCGGUGACAGUGAACGAGACGGCAUCGGAUCCAGUGAAGCUGCCAGAUGUGGGGGACAAUCAGAGAUAUAUUUAUCAAUACAGAGAGGAUGAGGAGGAGGAGGUGAAAGAGGCAAAGGUGGGGGAGGAGGUGGAUGAGCAUGCGGGCUGUUCAAAGCAGGACCAGUCUAUGAGUCUGCUGUCAGUUCAUAUGGGUUUGGACGGCGUCUGCCAGCAAAGAAAAGCCUCUCAAAGCCUGGACAACACGGAGCAGCAGGAAGAGUCAAUGGCCACAGGAGGGCGCUGUAUCACUCCGAGUGGAAAGUCUGAGCUCCAGUCUAUGGAGGGAACGCUGGAGAGGAAGCACAAGCUGCAGCUGGGAGGAAAGAAAGCUGCCUCCAGAGGCUGGAACUCCUACCAUGCUGUCCUGUAUAGACACACCUUGUGCUUCUACCAGGAUAGGAAGGAUACACUGAGGAGCUCUGUAUGUGGCCUGCCGCUGAACCUCAUAGGAGCCGAGUGUUCACCUGCACCAGAGUACACCAAAAAACCCAACUGCUUUAGACUGCGGCUCCGCGAUGGGUCUGAAUAUCUGCUCAACGCCUCCUCACGCUUUAUGAUGAAGAAAUGGAUAAUGAAAAUACAAGCAAACACAGGUCGGAGUGAGUCUUUAUUCUCAAGUGUCCCGGUUGAUCAAGACCUCCCCGUUUCCUUAAAGCCCUUCCUCUGCUCCGGUUGUCACGGUCUCACCAAAUGCCACUGCUCCUCCCGCCAUGACGUCACCUCCACGUUCCCCAGGCGCAAACCACCGGGUUCCGCCCAAACCAAAGAGAUUGUCGUCCUCACCAGAGAGUUCAGUCACAUGCCGCAGAGCCACCUAAGGAGCGUCGAUGAGCAGACGACCAUCUCGUCCUCACAUGGAGGCUGCUGUGACGAUGAUGAAGACAGUUCAGAGCAGACACUGACUCACAGACUGUCUGGAGCAUCCAGAGACAUCACCUCGUCCUCCCCCCUCUCCCCUGUGUCCAGCGGUGAGGACUGGCUCAGCAACCAGCGUCGCUCCCACUCCUUCACAUCAGCAACGUUUCAGAAGAUCAAGCCCGUGCUGCAAACCCCCGGAGGCCGAGGCCCGGAAAGAGGUUCCAACUACUGUGUGACUCUGGUAGUCGGAGACAAGUCAUCAGACAGUGCGUCCAUAAGCAGGAGCUCUGAGCCCCCGCGGCUGGCUUUAGCUGGAUGGCAGCAGGACACAUGUCAGGACUCGGCUCUGAGGAGCUACGCCAGCCUGCCACGGCCACGCAAUAAAUCUGUCUUUAAAAAGUUCUUCGGGAAAAGGGACCUCUGAGUUUUUAUAAUGAUUUUUUACUAAUAAAGGGUUUUACAAAUUGUUUCUACUGUGCAGUGCACAUAUUUGUUGAAGAGCAAUAAAAACGCUACUACUGACUGUAUUUAUGAUCGGAAGAGCUACCGCGGUUUUAUUUUGGAUGUGUUCUAUGUUUUAAAUCACUUUAAGUCUUUUUAAUGAGUGUUUGAAUUAUUCUUUAUUUUUAUUGUCACGUAAAAGGAACAAUACUGUGUGGGUGUGCACUAUGUAGUGGUAGAUUUGAUUUAUUGAAACAUGUUUUCUCACCAGUCUUAUUUCGCUUUUGUAUUUCUUUUUUGGAUUGUUGUGUAUAAAGUAUAAAGUAAACCUACCAGCUUAGUAGAGACUCAGUUUAGAAAACACAUUUAGAGAAUAAUCCCAGACUCAGUUAUGACCUCAAGUAUAACCGAUAUCCUGAACUCAUGACACUUACAUGUGCAGCGUGUGGUGCACCAAAACAUUUGAUUUCUUAUGCUAAAUUCAGCAGUUUGAUACUGCUUGAGCUUGUUUGAUAUUAACACUUUUUAAAUGCAAAUUGUAGCAGCGAAUAUUCAUAAUAAAACAUUAAAAAAUCAAA